AUGAGCGAGGCCAGUGAAACUCGUGCUACCGAAUCCAAGAAAGUAUGGACGACCCUGAUCACCAAUACAGCCUACCUGCCUGGUCUGCUUGCACUUGAGUACUCGCUGAAGAAGCAAGGCUCAAAGUACCCUCUGGUGGCGCUCUACACAGACACAUUCCCUCCAGAGGGUCACAAGGCCCUUGACAAUCGAAAAAUUGCGAAGCAACAUGUGAAAUACUUGAUGCCAUCUGUGCAAAAAGACUUCACCAAUGACCCACGUUUCUAUGACUGCUGGAGCAAGCUCACUCCUUUCUCGCUCACGAAGUAUGAGAGAGUCGUGCAGCUGGACAGCGACAUGCUUGUCUUUAGGAACAUGGAUGAGUUGAUGGACCUGGAGCUCGAUCCGCCAGGAAUGAGAGGAGACGGGGUCAGAGUAUUUGCUGCAAGCCAUGCAUGCGUGUGCAAUCCAUUGAAGAAACCUCAUUACCCCAAGAAUUGGACCCCCGAGAAUUGUGCAUUCACAACACAGCACUCACACCCAGAAGAAGCACAGACCAAAGGCGCUCCACCAACGGCAGGCCUUGGAAUGCCAAACGGUGGGCUUCAGGUUGUCAAUCCCUCCGAGGCCAUUUACAACAAAAUAGUGGAUCACCUAGCGUCAGAUUCGACUAUGAACUUCGACUUCGCGGAUCAAUCACUGCUGUCUGACUUGUUCGGGGGCCGUUGGAUUGCUUUGCCGUACGUGUACAAUGCGCUGAAGACUUUGCGAGAUAUACACAAACCUAUUUGGCGUGAUGACGAGGUCAAGAACAUGCAUUACCUGCUGACUCCCAAUCCAUGGGAUGAAGAGGAGGGAAAGGAGACCCAAGAGACAUUCAAAUGGUGGUGGAAGUUGAAUCGGGAGAGACUUGAUCUUGAGAAGGAGAAUGGCAUAGCCGAUGGCUUCUGA